AUACACGUGCGGCUGGUACAUCAGGGCUCGCGGUGGCAUCCUCCACAGAACAAGGACGGAGGACACUUUACUACCUGAGUCAAACAGAGAAGUGCGCACUGAAGACUACAGGACCAGUUCUCUUUGUGGCUUUUGUGCGUCCUCACCUGAGUCCAGACCAGCAGGUAUUAUCUGGCACAGGUGUUACUAUAUCCACAGCAGCACUCUGUGGAUGCAGACUUUCGGUUUCUUCAUGGCAAAAGGACUGGGUAAUGUGUGCCUAGAAUGGCUGUGGCUCCUGCACCGACUACCCAGGGACCGGUAUGGCUUUUAGCCGCAUCAGUAAACUGGACCCCCCGUCCCGAGGCAUCUUCAGGAGAGCGGCGGUCAUGCUGGGCUCUCUCCUCACCUCCCUCUUCCUCCUGCACUGCCUCACGGACCGCUGCAGCACGGUGAAGGGGUCCUCCAGCAGGGUCGAGGGGCACUACGAGGAGUUAAGGUCGAUUCGGAGUAAAAGACUGCUGUAUGAAUGGACAGCCGGGUCGGAGCUGACCGGGUACGGGUCUUCCAGGCGCUCCUCAAGGGUCCUGACGGAUGAGCGCGUGGAGCAGCCCGAGGAGUCCCUCAUGUUGCAGCCUCCGGAUUUAGUCGCGUCCAGGAAAGUGUCGCCCAGGUUCGCAGGUAAACUCAGUCCGCUCGGGGAGGGGAGCAAGAAGCUGCCUCAGGCUCUCAUCAUCGGGGUGAAGAAAGGAGGGACCCGGGCUCUGCUGGAGUUUCUGCGGGUUCAUCCGGACAUCAGAGCCGUGGGAGCGGAGCCGCACUUCUUUGACAGAAACUAUGAGAACGGACUGGAGUGGUACAGGGAUCUGAUGCCGAAAACCCUGGAAGGCCAGAUCACCAUGGAGAAAACCCCCAGCUACUUUGUGACCAGGGAGGCUCCAGCCAGGAUCUCCGCCAUGUCCCGGGACACCAAGCUGAUCGUGGUCGUGAGGGACCCGGUCACCAGGGCUAUCUCAGACUACACUCAGACUCUCUCUAAGAAGCCUGACAUUCCCUCUUUUGAGAGCCUCACCUUCAAAAACAGGACUACGGGUCUCAUCGACACCUCAUGGAGCGCCAUCCAGAUCGGCAUCUACGCCAAGCACCUGGACAACUGGCUGCAGUACUUCCCCAUGGAGCAGAUCCUGUUUGUGAGCGGCGAGCGGCUAAUCAGCGACCCGGCCGGAGAGCUGGGCCGCGUGCAGGACUUCCUGGGACUCAAGAGGAUCAUCACAGACAAACACUUUUACUUUAACCAGACCAAGGGUUUCCCGUGCCUCAAGAAGGCCGAGGGCAGCAGCAAGCCCCACUGCCUGGGCAAAACCAAAGGGCGGACCCACCCGAACAUUGACCCUGAGGUGGUGCAGAGGCUACGGGACUUCUACCGGCCCUUCAACAUGAAGUUCUACCAGAUGACAGGGCGUUUCUUUGGCUGGGAUGACUGAAUGUGUUUUUGUCUGACACUGAGAACAGUCAGAAGUACUGCCAUGGAGUUUGAGGAGCACUUCAGUGGAGAAAUAGAGGUUUUGAGAGUUAAGUUAUUUAAGGAGAAGUUGUAAUAUAUCAGAAAUGUUGCUUUUUUUUUAAGCAUUGUUUGAAUUCUUUUCACUUUAAAGCUCCUUUGACCAACUUUUAGAUUGUGUCGAUUUUGGCACCCCCUGUGGAGCAGGACAAGUUAUCUCUCUGCUGAUCUUGCCCCGUACAAAUGAUGGCUUUAUAAUGUCAUCCAUCUUUAUUUUAAAGGUGCAACACGCAAUUCCCAAUAAAUAUCUGAGUUGAAAGUAUUUUAUAAAGGGCUCAUGUGACACCUACCCUACAGUGCUCGACAGACAUAAAUUAACUAUAUAAAUAUAAUCAUUAUUUUUAUU